AUGGCGGAUCUGCCGCAAGACCGCCUGCUCCCCGACAAACCACCCUUCACCAACACGGGUGUGGACUAUUUCGGGCCUUUCGAGGUCAGAAGAGGACGUGCAAAGGUCAAGCGUUAUGGUGUGCUCUUCACCUGUUUAACUGUCAGGGCAGUGCAUAUAGAGGUAGCCCAUUCGCUUGACACCGAUUCAUGCAUUAAUGCCAUAAGGCGUUUUCAAGCCAGAAGAGGCCAAGUGUCAAUCAUCCGUUCCGACAAUGGCACGAAUUUUGUCGGCGCUGAACGAGAGCUGCGUGAGGCAUUAGCAAAGCUGGAUCAGUCUCGUAUCAACGAAGUCAUGACGAGAAAGGGUGUGCAAUGGAUUUUCAACCCGCCUGCUGCAUCCCAUCACGGCGGCAUCUGGGAACGUCAAAUCCGCGCAGUGAGGAAAGUGCUGAGCUCUGUUGUGAAGCAACAGGUCUUAGAAGACGAAGGACUGCAUACUCUCCUAUGUGAAGUUGAGAGCAUCAUCAAUGGGAGACCCUUAACCACGAACACAGAUCACCCCAAUGACCUCGAGCCGCUGACACCAAAUCACCUGCUCGCAUUGAAAACACAGCCUAGUUUUCCACCUGGAUGUGGCUGCCUCGAGGUAACAAACAUCACCUCCUCCAGGAGCUCCACAGUGUCCUCCUCCGAGAUUACUGCGGUCAACUGGUGA